GGGGAGGGAGAGGGCAGGGGCUGACUAGCUCGCGGUAAAGGUUGAGGGCGCCACGAUCAUCCCAGAACCUUGUGCGGUAGAACUGUGCAGGACCUGGACUAAAUAAGCAGAGGUGUGCAGCUUUUUUAGCUUUGCGGAGAUGGGGUACAGCAACUGAAGCGAGAGGUGGAGCAAGUGUGCACACAGAUGAGGCUAGGAACCACGUGUGGUCGACACACCCUUUGAGGCCAAGGAAGCGAAUAAUUUUGGAAGUCCGUCCCAAAGUUCCCUCCGAAGGAGGCGAAGGAGGGAACUUUUCCCAUCAUGCUGCUGGAACACUCGAUCGAACCAAAACCCGUGCUGUUCCUUCUCGAGUGGGGAAGAGCACUACGGGUGUUUUGAGUUCUGUGGUCACAAGAUACUGUACUAAUACGAGUGCUCUUUCUGCCAUGCUGCUGCCUUGGAUCCAGUCCUCUGCAUGUUCUACUGCAUAGCUAGCUGGACAACAAGAGAACUGAAUCAACGGUAGUCUAGCUAGUUGUUGACAAUGAAGAUGAUGGAUGGAUCGGAUGCCGUGGUUGCCUCGGAAGGGCCCGUACCACUGGCGGCCAUGAAGUCGUCGUCGUUGCUGGUGAGAGAGGCAGCAGCCAUGGAAGCUCAGGAUCAGCCAGGUCAAGAGAUUCACAUGAAUGGAGUUCCUAGACGGGAAGAGGAAGAAGACGAAUUGGAACCGAGCGGUACCAGCCAUGGGUUUGUCAUCAAAACGAUCACUGUCCCUCAACAAUGUAUCAGUGACGUGGACGACGAUGCGAGUAGCCGAGAAGCGGGCAGUAAUGAUGAAGACUCGCUGCUCGUGGCUGGUAGAGCUGAUGCUCGAGCGGAAACCGAUGCUCCUCCUCUGUCGUUUAUUACGAUUCACCAAGACUUUGACGACUACUCUGUGGACUACGAGAAUCGUCAAUUUGAGGUUGUGGAGAAGAGCGACGAUGAGUUGGACAACAACGACGAAAAGAAGACGGAUUCUCUGAUGCUCAUGAUGGGACCAGAUGCCCCCACGGCAACCAACACGAGCGAUGAAGCAGCUCCGCCAAAGAAAAAGAAACGAGUGGUACACUUUGAAUCCGUCCAAGUACGAGAAUACAACAUUACCAUUGGGGAUCAUCCCUUUUGUAGCAAGGGAGCUCCCAUUACGCUGGAUUGGGAGUUCUCCGAGGGGGCAACGCUCCCACUCGAGCUCUACGAGUCAUCCAAGAAGCGAUCGUCACGGAGACGACGACGCUCCAGAAGUCGCAUGCUCAUGGACCCCAUUCAACGGCGCGACUUGCUAUGGCGCUUUGGACAUCACCUCGAUGAGAUUGAAGUCGCAGCCAAAGAGAAUGAAAAGGAAAAAUUCCGACAAUCCAUCAAUCUAUACAUGCUGCCGCUCUAUGUACUGCAAGAAUUCUUUGCCAGUCAAAAGGAUCACUUUUAUAAUAAGAAAAAGAGAAAGAAGAGCCGCGAAGCAGAAAUGAAAAACAACGAAGCACAAGUACGACAGUUGCAUCGCAUGCAAUUCAUUGGACGACAACUGCAUUUCAUUGAAGAUCCAGAACAACAACCCUGUAAUUGUCACCAUCAUCAUCAUGAACAUUACUACGACAGCAUUCCACCACAACAACAUCAUCAGGAUCAUCACUUAGUAGUGCCCGCCGCAUCAUCAGACGACAAUCACAGCAACAAGCCGAGGCGACGAAUCUCACUACGAGGAUCCAAUCGGUCCGCGGAUGGAGCUUCGCCUUCUCCGUGCAUGGCCGCCUCGUCGGGAUCAUGCGCUGCCAACACAAAUGGAUCUGGUUCUUGUGGUGGUGUCGGAAGUGGCACCGCCGUUGCCGUGGCUCCCAGCGCAUCCUCUAUACGAUCUUCCGCCUCUUCCAAUAAUAGUCAUCCAAACAACAACAACAACAAUACCUUGACACACUCCAUUACAUCUUCCAACGUCACUUGCAGCAACAACGAUCAUUCCUCAUCCCUCUUUCUUCCAUCCUCGCCAGAUGACUGGAGUCGAUCCGUCAUGUCCGAACGAGAGUCCAUCGCUGGCAGUGAAGCCAGUGGAUUGUCCACGGCGUCCUCCGUUGUCGGAAGUCGGUACAAGAUUCAAACAGAUCCAAGACAACACGAUAAGGCCACUGAAAUCAUUCUCUGCAGCAUCGAACGUCCCCACAUGCGUGCCUUUCAUGCAUCUUGGUUCGGAUUCUUUAUUGGAUUCGUCAUGUGGUUUGCCAUUACACCGCUACUCGGUGAAGUCAAGGAAUCGCUGGAUUUGACCAACUCGGAAAUCUGGACGUCGAGUUUGUGCGGAACGGCCGUGACCAUUGUGGCACGUGUCAUUAUGGGUCCCCUUUGCGAUGUGUUUGGAGCCCGCAAGUGCAUGGCUGCCAUUGUGAUUGUCAGCGCCAUUCCUUGUGGAUUGACUGGACUCUGCAAUACCGCCACAGGUCUGAGUGCCGUAAGGGCCUUUGUCGGAAUUGCCGGCAGCGCCUUUGUGCCCUGCCAAUACUGGACCAGCCGAAUGUUUGCCCGUGAAGUCGCCGGUACUGCUAAUGCACUCGUGGCCGGAUGGGGGAACUUGGGCGGUGGGAUUACCCAGCUUCUCAUGGGUGCCGGUUUGUUUCCGCUCUUUGUUUUGAUCUACCAAUUGGAUGAUGACCGCGAUGACGCCAGGGCACGAGAAUUGGCUUGGCGGACCGUCUUUGUGAUUCCCUCCAUCAUUGCAUUCAUGGCGGCGUACGUUUACAUCUAUCAUUGCGAAGAUUCACCCAAGGGGGAUUAUGCAGAGCUGGUGCGACAGCAACAGAUUGAAAUGGUCAGUCCCUUUUGGUCUCUCGGAUUGGCCAUUCAGAAUCGGAACGUGAUAUUGUUGCUGGUGCAGUACGCUUGUUGCUUUGGCGUUGAGAUUACCAUGACUAAUGCCAUCGCACUCUACAUGAGGGAAGAAUUUGCGCAAAGUACAAUAUCAGCUGCAGCGAUAGCUUCCGUGUUUGGUAUGAUGAAUCUAUUCGCUAGAGGGUUGGGCGGAUACGGCAGCGAUUAUUGCCAAUCCAAGUACGGGACCAAAGGACGUGUUUGGUGGCAGAGCUUCACUCUGUUCAUGGAAGGAAUGGGCAUAGUUGUGUUUGCGUAUCAGAAAAACCUGGUCGGUGCCAUCCUUUCAUUGAUUUUUCUGUCGCUGUGGGUCCAAUGUGCCGAGGGAUCUACGUAUGGGAUUGUGCCUUAUGUCAACAGACGAUUUACAGGCGCGGUCGUGGGUUGGAUUGGAGCAGGCGGCACUCUUGGCGGAGUGAUCUUUUCCGUCUUCUUUCGUGAAUUCGAAUCAAAUCAAAAAGCAUUUCUCGCCAUGGGGUUGACUGCUGCUGGCAGUGCCUUCUUGUCCAUCUUUAUGAACAUGAAAAGCCUGGCAGCAAUCUAUCAGGAAAAGAUCCAGGCAGAAUACAUCAAAACAAACAACAAUUUUGUAUUUCAUGACGACGCCCCUGCACCACCGCGCACUAGCAACCACCACAACAGCAAUAACCAAGCUCAAGACAAGAAGGACUAGCUCGCUAGUAGCAAUCCUCAUUUGAGUCUUGAUAAGGUAGCUUAAUGCAUGUAUGUGUAGAGGCCACAAUUUUGUACUACGAGCCU